AAUCACGUGGGGCUCGAGCAUCUCUCUCUCUCGACUGAUCUCGAGGCUAUGUUUGAGGGAGCUCGUGCAUCACAUCAGAACCUUCAUUCACUCACUCGUCCUUCUCCUCUAAAGCAGGCGUUCCUGCCACGAUGGGAUGUGGACAUUCCUCCGCCAGCAGCACGACAGCAGGGGGUCCAGCAGAAGCUGCCAAGGAUGUGACAGAAGAUCCUUCGCCGGAUGAUGAGAAACGAAGGAACUAUGGAGGAGUGUAUGUGGGCCUUCCUGCUGAUCUGACCUCGGUAGCUGCCAGCCAAUCAAAAUCCACACGUAAAGACUGAAAGCAGAUCACAUGAAACAACAACGCUAAAUAACCCAAGCUCUGCAGUCGCUGAUGUACAACGGAUAUUCAGACGAUAUAUUCGAGGAUGGAGCUGCUUUUGGAAGCGAAUCCAGAAUGGGUCGGCACUUCGGAAUGACAUCACCGUGACAUCAUACUGGCUGGCGUACAGAAGGGUUCUGUUCGGAACACUGAGCAUUAUUGUGACUAUGAAUGUAGACUCUGUUGCCAUGGUGACCGCCGACCCCCCUGACCUCUCCAUCCGCCAGGAGGACAUCCUGGUAUUUCGGAGUCAUCAUGGCAGGGCAUUUCCUGAGUCUGGAGACCCAUCAGAUCUGAUCGACUGUACGUCUCGUAACUGCAAUUACUGACUCUACUGAACCUAUUCCUUCAGGGUUUUUGUUUUCCUUUCUUUUU